GGAGCAGCCAUCUUUUUCCAAGACCAACAAUUUCACUUUCACCGAAGAAAAACAAAUAGAUAUUUCUUUAUUAAUUAUCUCAAACAAGCGACUAUUCCGUUCCUUCGAGACAAAUACCAACGAACUCCAAGGGACAUCGCAACAACUGACAACAGCAGCAGCUCUAUCUGCCCUGCUGGUUUCCAGGAGACCCGGCCUAGCUCCUCCUCCUGAGGAGUGCUGAGGCUGCAGCAUGGAUCCCCAGGGGAGUCUGGGAGUGGAGGGGGCCUUCAGCCUGCAGCUAGCGCUGCUGGUGCCCAGUCUCCGGAGCGAGGCAGUGACCCACGAGCUGGAAGAUCUGACUAUGGAGCCCAGUCCCAGCCUGCCACCUCUCAAAGAGCGUAAGAACGUCCUCCAGCGCCGCCUGCAGCAGAGACGCACCCGUGAGCAGCUAGUGGAGCAGGGCAUCAUGCCACCACUGAAAUGCCCUGCUGCCUUCCACGAACAGAUCCGCAGCCUGCAGAGGUCCAGGACUGAGAACUUCUUGAAGCACAAAAUCCGCAGUAGACCUGAACGUUCAGAGCUGGUCCGCAUGCACAUCCUGCAAGAGACCCAUGCGGAGCCCUCUCUGCAGGCCACUCAGAUGAUGCUGAAGAGAGCCAGGCUGGCUGAUGACCUCAAUGAGAAGCUGGCCCAACGACCCGGCCCCAUGGAGCUGGUGGUCAAGAACAUUCUGCCUGUGGAACCCAGCCUCGUCAAGGACGGCGUCACCGAUCCCCCAGACGGUGAGGUGGAGAAUGACUUCCCCAAGAUGAAAACACCUGAUGUGUACAACUUUGACGAGGACAGCAGCGACGCCCUGUCCCCAGAGCAGCCGGCCAGCCAGGAGUCCCAGAGCUCCUCUGCCCCCUCACCCUCCCCCAGAACCCCCAGGGUGACUGAAGCCCCUGAUGCCCUCUCCACCUCCCCACCGACCAGCUCCAUCACCAUGAAGCACUGCCCACCUACCUCCCAGUCCACAACAGACUUCUUCAACUUCUCUCAUGUCUCCACCAAUGAGCAUCAGAACAAUCGCCUGGUGACCACGCCUCAGCCAAUCACCAUUGUUGCCACUCCAAAGCCGGGGCCCAUGUUAGUAAAGCAAAGCCAGCCAAAGACACCCAAUGACAAGAGCCGCAGUAAGAAGAAUAAGGAUCCCAAGCCGCGGGUGAAGAAGCUAAAGUACCACCAGUACAUCCCCCCGGACCAGAAACAGGAGGCCAACGAGGCCCCCAUGGACUCAGCCUACGCCAGGCUCCUGCAUCAGCAGCAGCAGUUCCUCCAGCUGCAGAUACUGAGCCAGCAGCAGCACUAUAACUACCAGACCAUCCUGCCUGCCCCACUCAAGUCGAUGGAGGGUCAGAACAGCUGCUCCAACAUGUCUCUGAGUGGCAGCAGUCUGUCCAGUCCCAUCAUGGUCUCUCUACCCAGCGCUGCCCCAGCACGGUCUAACCAGACUCUGACAAACCGCAAGCCUGGUGUCCUACCUGCCAACCUGGACGAAAUGAAGGUAGCUGAGCUGAAGAUGGAGCUGAAACUGCGAGGUCUUCCGGUGUCUGGCACCAAGACUGACCUGAUAGAGAGACUAAAGCCUUAUCAGGAGAUCCCCAGCAGCCAGGCUGCCACUGCCAUGGAGCUGACAGGCUACACAGGGGCCCCACAACCUGAGAGCAUGAGCUCCACACCUCCUGUGUCCCCCGCGCCCUCGGAGGUCUCCAGCCUGGGCAUGGAGGAGGCUGGGAUGCCAGGAGCUCUUUCCCCAGCUCGGCCCACUCCUUCUGGGUCGUCUCCCCACCAAGGCCGCCUGGAGGACAGCCCAAUGGAGACCAGAACCUCAGAGAAGGACCAGCGACUGCACGAGAAGGAGCGUCAGAUCGAGGAGCUGAUGAGGAAGCUGGAGCAGGAGCAGAAGCUGGUGGAGGAGCUGAAGAUGCAGCUAGAGGUGGAGAAGAUGGGUCUGCCCAGCCCUCCAGCCCCUAUGGCCCUGGCCCAGGUCAAAGAAGAGGGCAGGGCCGCCUCAAUCUGCUCUGCCUCUGCGCAUAGCCCACUAGCAGUGGUGAAACAGGAGGAGCCCAGCUCAGGCCAGGUGCAGACGUCCCCCCUGCCUCAGUUCUUCAUCAGCCACCAGCCUCAGACCUCACUGUCUGGCCAGCCUGGAACACAGAUCCUGCUGCCUGUCUCCCUGCCCACCAGCACUGCCACCAUCCAGCUACCGAACAACAGCAUUAAGCUGCAGGUCAGAGAGCCAGUCCUGCAGACCACAGUUAGUACUACAGCUCCAGGCCUCAUCCAGAAAACAGAGGCCUCAGCAGCCCACCAACAACAACACACCACCCAGACCCAACCCAUGGCACAGAUGACAGUCCCACUGUGCACCACCACCACCUCAGGCUCUGGGUUCCAGUUCAGAGCAGGCCCAGGUCAGACAGAGAUCCCCCAGUGUUUCCUAAACACUUUCCCAGGGAGCAGGUCCCCUGCCAGGGCCUCGUCCAACCAAGCAGUCCCCAAUGGUCCAACAAACAAGUCCCCCUCUGCCUGCCAGCCCAACUUCUCAAACCAUGUCCCCAAGAGUAAGGACCCGCCACGCUACGAAGAGGCCGUUAAACAGACGCGCAGAAUGCAGACUGCUGCACAGGUACCCACUGCAACCAGCCAGCACAUGGAUGACCUGUUUGACGUGUUGAUCGAGAGUGGAGAGAUCUCCCCCUUCGUCAGACUGGACCCUUCCUUUCCAGACAAGCUGCUUCCUGUGACCGCCAGCGUAACCACCCUGCCCUUCAACACGGUGCUAUCCCGCCCCCCGCCCCAGAUCCAGGUGGCCCACCCGCCCGCCCCCACCCUUAACCCCCCGGCCCCACCCAGCCUGACAGGCCUGGCCAUAGACAACCAGCUGGAGGCCUUCCUGGAAUGCACGCUGAAGGGGGAGACUGAGCCCCAGACACUGAGGUUGAUGGAAGAGCUGCACAGUCAGCUGCUGGAGCACUCCCCCAUGGACACGGACACCACCGGGUUCAACAAUGUCAGUUCCCCCCCCUCCAGCUACCACCUGGACCACACCAACCUGGACAACAUGGAGUGGCUGGACCUGACCAUGCCCGGGCCGACGGGGGGACUCAACCCACUAGGCCUUCCACCGUCUGGGGUCUUCUCCUCUGACUUCCUGGACUCCCAUGACCUGCAGCUACACUGGGACUAAGGGGCGUCAAUGUGACCUCCACCCCCCCACCCCCCCCCCAAAUAGGCCUGUUCAGACAGAGGGCUGUCAGGGAGAGACACUCACAUACUGAUAAGUGAGACGGAGAGGUCAGUCCUUCUCCAGUGGAAGUGGGGGAGGAGAGUGCAGUGCUGCUGGCCUUGAGUCCCUGCAGGGCUACAGCAGCACUAGUGGUGGAUCUCACUGCUCUGAGCAGAUCGGAGUGCUAGAGGCAUGGACCCUCCUUUGUCAUUGGAUAUACAGUGUAGCUGUUUCCCUCUGAGGUAUCGUCCCUCAUAACAGCCACUCAUUCUAAGGAAGGCUAAGCACCCGCUGGGCUGUGGUAUAGAUCAAUGGUAUGAAGAGGUUGAUCUCCCCCUGUGAUCUCUUUCAGAAGAGGACCUGGUCUGAGGAAGGGUGGUCUCUCCUGAAAUGGCGUUACAGUAGAUAAGGAGCGGGAUCAGGAAAUGUAAUCCCGGCUCAAGAUGAGAACUCGCUAGUGGAAACAGAUGUUGACCCAGGUGUUAGAGAAUUUCACGCCUGGUUCUGACUGCGCCAGUGGCAUGGUUACUGACUGACUUUCGUGAUAAAUUUGACAGACAGCGCAGAGAGAUUGUAUAUAUUAUAAGCCUAUGUCUACAGUAGUCUGUCUGCUCUGCUGCAUACAUCACUAAGGCAGCUGUAUUACAGUCCUGUGUAUGUAUGUGACAUAUUGGAAUGUGGUAUUAGCUUAGCAUUAUGGCUUUGAAAUAACUGCCUUUGCUUUACUCAGUGCCCCCAUGCGAUUCCCAUCACGGGAGGGAAUUGGACACAGACGCUAAAAGACUGCACAUAUUGCAUUAUAAGACCAUUUGCCAAAUAUCUUGAUAUUUUCAACGCGUUGCUUUCACUUAAUUCAACUAAAGACUUUCCAAAGAGUAAUGACUGAUUGUGUUGUAACUCAAAUAAAGCAGGAGACUACUUAAAGUGAGUGUUAACAGUAAGCACCCUUAUGUCAUAUAAGAUAAAACAGUGAGUGCACGAUACCCACAUUUAGUAUCAUUGGUUGACAAUACGAGAGCUGUCGCCCUGAGAACUCUUGAAUUAAUCCAAAUUAGAAGUUGAGAGCCAUCACAUUUUUAGCAGCUGUUGUUCUUACUCUAUUCUUAUGUGGGGGAGAGUAGGGCCAAUGUGAGUUUGUUUACCAAACUACAACGUGCUUUGCCUGAGUGUGCAUGGGGUCACAAUAGGUGGCACAGCACCGCUGUAGCUAGCUAGCCCAGGCCUAUGUCCUUUACAUUAUCGACAAAAGAGCCUUUGGAAAUGUUCUCUCUCUCAACCCUAUUGUCAAGUCUGGAGUGGAUUUAUCCCAAUGUACAGGUCAGCUGAAUCCUGCUUGUUUAUGUGUGACAUGCAGUGCACAUGAGCUAGAGCUGGUGUGUAGAGCUGGUGUGUAGAGCUGGUGUCUGUGUGUGCACUGCACAUCUGUGUUGCAUAUCGCUUUUGCUUGUUUUGACUCUAGGAACUGGCAGAAAUAUAGCCAGUAAAUUCCCCUCGGCAUUUCAAUGGCUCUCUUCAAUAUACCAUCUGACCUUAGUUGGCUGACAUACCGAGAACAAACAAAUUGACAUCAUUCAGUUUGACAAGCCAAGGAGUCACAGUGAAUCAGCAGAGGUGGUUCAAGGCUGUCUUGUGCUUUUGUGAUCAGCUUAGCAAUAUUUGUGGCCAUAGUCCUGCAGGUUCAAAUGUAAGCAUCGUUAUUGUAUCAUUUUGUUGUAGUAGGCCUGAUGUGUCUCUAUUCAUGAAGCCUUAGACCAGCAGAUUAUGUCGGAUCGGGAUUUCAGCCACUCACAAUCACAUCAAGAGGCAACCUUUCAAAACACCUUUCAAAACACAUUUCAAAGCAGUGUGUGAUCCAUAUGUACAAUUACUACCAACAGAUGGGUAUUAAAAUGAUCUCCACACUGUUGUAAUAGCCUUGGUUUUCACUCCUCUCUCCCAGUUGAAGUCUUCUUUUAGGUCAAAAUCCUACAUGAUUAUUGCAAUCGUACACAUGUAGUUAAAAAAUGACAUUACAGUGACAUAAACUGGCCAAAGAUAAAAUGUGAAAGCAUUUGAAGUGUUGAACCAACGGUUAAAAUUGUUUAAGGCAGAGGAGUUUACAGAUGGGUUGACUUUACAAAAGUUGUCAGUCCUCAUUAUCAAGCAGUCUGAGCUACGCAACAGAUAACUGCCUUUAGAAACACAGAAACCUUUCUGCAAUUUAGUAGAGCCCCCAAAAAUGGAAGAAGCUUUAAAACACUAUUCGGCAUGAUAAAGUUUGACGCACCAACGACAGCAUAAGCAUUCCUUGGAAAUACAUUGCAGACAGUGCUAAAUAAAUAUGUCAUUUCAAGGGUUUGGAUCAAUUCUAGCCUACCUGUCUGUCCCCUACCAAAGAAAAUGGCUUAAAGGUCCAAUGCAGCUGUUUUUAACUCAAUAUCAAAUACUUUCUGAGUAACAAUGAAGUACCUUACUGUGAUUGUUUUCACUUAAAAUUAUCAAAAAUAAACUAAAACAGCUCCUUAUCAAAGAGCAAUAAUUUUACUAUGACUGUCUGGGAGUGGUCUGAGUGGGGAGGGGGAAACUGAAAACUAGCUGAUAUUAGCAGAGAGGUUUGGAACUAGACACACCGGUGUGCCAGACACACUGGUUUGAGUCUGUCAAUAACUGCAAAGCUGCUGGGUUUUCAUGCUCAACAGUUUCCUGUGUGUAUCAAGAAUGGUCCACCACCCAAAGGACAUCCAGCCAACUUGACACAACUGUGAGAAGCAAGCAUUGGAGUAAACAUGGGCCAGCAUCUCUGUGGAACCCUUCAACACCUUGUAGUCCAUGCGCCGACGAAUUGAGUCUGUUCUGGGGGGAAAAGGGGGGUGCAACUCAAUGUUAGGAAGCUGUUCCUAAUUCCUAAUGUUUUGUACAAUCAGUGUAUAUAAAUGCUUUUGAGUGCACAGGUCCUUUAAUGCCUCAAUGUCACACAUUUCUGUUAGAAAUACAGACAAAAGCACUUAAAUUGCAAAGCAGUUUACACUGUGAGUGGAUAAAAAUGGGUAGCUAAUCAAAAAAACAUUGCCUGCUCCUGAUUGGUCUUUGUGCACAACUUUUUUUUUUGUCUGAGCAUCAGUGCCCCAUUGAUCAUGUGUCCAAACUACAGAAAGGGAGAAUGAGCUGGAAUCAGAAGUCAUUUUAUUUGUACUAUACUAGUAUAGCCCCUUCCCUUGCAAUGGUGUAUUGAUACAUAGUUAGUAUGCCAUACAUUUUGCACAUUGUGUAUAUAUUUUGUCAUGCAUUUUUUUUUAAUUGUUUGUUUUUUUACAAAUGUCGCACAUGAGCUCUUUUCGUACAUUUUAUACAAAUGUAGCACAUCUAAGCUCUUUUGUAUUAUGACUGUUUGGUGUAUACAGUAUGCAUACUACUGUAUACCCAUAAUGUGUAUAUAUAGCCUUUUUGUGUCAAUAAAAACGGUCAUGUA